AUAGGCAGAGAAGAGGACAGGACAUACACGAAAAGACACAAGACGUGGCCUUGGAGUGAGUGGCAUAUCAUUCAUCAUCAUCAUCAUCGGCCGGAGGAGCAGCUCUGUGUCGUCAUCAUCGUCAUGAGGGUGACCAAGUCGUCCCCUUCGUGGUGGUGGUGGUGGUGGAUGAAACCUGCCAUGUGGUACGUGAGCAUGUUGGUAGUGGCCUUUUUCUACAUCUACCUCACCUGCGUCCAGUACAUCCGGGGAGAGGAGGCUGUCCCAUCCGCGGUGGGGAGACUGGGCGGCUACCCCUGGGCGACGCAGAUAUCGUCUCACAAAAUGGUCAAGAGGUCGACCUCUCCCCCCUCGCUGGACUUUAGUUACCACGAUUACGAGGAGAUGACCUCCUUCCUGCGCGGCUUGAACGCGGCUUAUCCCAACAUCACGGCCCUCUACUCGAUCGGGAGGAGCGUGCAGGGGCGCGAGUUGUGGGUCAUGGUGGUCUCCACGUCCCCCUACAAGCACACCCUGGGCGUCCCCAAUGUCAAAUAUAUCGCCAACAUGCAUGGCAACGAGGCCGUGGGGAGGGAACUUAUGCUCCAUUUGCUGCAGUACCUGGUGGAAGGUUUUUACGAAGGGGACGACUACGUGAGCUGGCUCCUGACAAAUACUCGAGUUCACAUUAUGCCCAGUAUGAAUCCGGACGGGUUCGAGGUGGCGAAGGAGGGCACGUGCGAAGGCGGUCAGGGCAGAUACAACGCUCGUGGGUAUGAUCUCAAUAGAAACUUCCCAGACUAUUUUAAAUCCAAUAAUGCCAAAUCCCAGCCGGAAACGGAGCACGUGAAACAGUGGAUUUCGAAAAUUCAGUUCGUCUUGAGUGGGAAUAUUCACGGGGGUGCGUUGGUGGCUUCGUAUCCGUUCGAUAACACCCCAAAAUCACGGCGUUUGGGGUCCGCAUUUCUUCAGCAGGUGUUCCAAAGUCUCGCCUCCGCUCAAUCGUUGACCCCGGAUGACGAUACGUUUAAGCAUUUGGCCCUCGUGUAUGCGGGCGCAAACAAACGGAUGGCGGCGGGUCGGCCGUGCAAGGGUCAGUCCGGAUUUAAGGACGGUGUCACCAACGGGGCCAAGUGGUACCCCCUCCUCGGAGGAAUGCAGGACUACAACUACGUCUGGCACGGCUGCAUGGAAGUCACGCUCGAAAUCUCCUGCUGCAAGUACCCCGUGGCUGCAGAACUUCCCAGAUAUUGGCAGGAGAAUAAGCAUUCUUUGUUGCGCUUCCUUGGCGAAGUUCAUCGCGGUGUGCGAGGUUUUGUCCGGGACGAGGCUGGCAAUCCGAUCGAGGGUGCCACGCUGAAAAUUAAAGACAGAGACUUGGGAUUUAAAACUACUCGACAUGGCGAAUUUUGGCGAGUCCUCCUCCCCGGUAGAUACGUAUUAGAGGCCUUUGCAGAAAACUAUGCUCCUCGAGAGUUGGAAUUUGGAGUGACACCGACCGGGCCCACGUCCCUCAAUGUCACGCUGGAAAGAAGCUUGGACUGGGACGGGGUCGUACUUACAUCCGCGACGGGCUCUCCUGCUGGAGAAUUUUGGGAUUCUUCUCUCCUACUUUCACUCCACUACAAUAACCACUCCGUUCUGGUGGCGUCUUCGUCUGGGAGUAGGAGGAGUCCCCUUGGCGGCGGCGGUGGUGGUGGUGGUGACUUCAUCUUCUCAACCCUCCUACUGAUAACCUUGAUGCACUUAUGCAAAUGAUACAUUGUCAUUAUAACAGAAGAACUAUAGUCUUUCCCAGUGACCUUAUCUAUGCAGCAGCAGCACUUAAAAAAAAUCUCUAUAAAUACUUCUGUAUCUUACUCAUUCACACUGCACUACCAAGCAAAAAAUGAGGCGCCGCCCUUUUAAAACCUUAUCAUUCAUUAUUAGUACUUUUUGUGGGUGGUUUGGUUGCGCAGGGGGGCGGACGGAGUGCCAUUCAUUUCCCGGCCACAUAGAAUUAACAAACAAAACGAGCGGAAACUACUGACCAGACCAGAAUAAAAAAACAAGCAAUACUCUCUCAUCUCUCUAUCUCUCUCUCUACUCUAUAAUUCAGUAAUAUGUACUGCCCAAAAAAACCAGUAUAAUAUACGAUAACCCGUUAAAUGAUAACCAUAAAUAUGUAUCAAUGUCGAA